GAUGUUCUUUAUUGGAAUCGAAGAAUACAAAUGAGAUAAUGAUGACAAAAAGACCUUUGCUAUAUAUUUGGUUUUAUUUUUUUCUGUUGGCCUUCGCUGGAUAUGCAUUAUCAAUAUUCUUUAUCGAUAUUCCACACCUGACGUCAUUGUACAUUCCAGUAUGCGGGCCAAAAGGGUUGUGUUUACCACACUCGUUCAUAAAUAGCCAUCUACCGCUUGUGAAUUCUAGCUGCAAGAGCUGCUCCUGCGAUCCAUACUGCAUGUUCUCUUUGACCCCAUGUUGCUACCAAAGCUUCUUGCUUACGCCAAAUGUGCACUGUCGAGAUUUUGCAUUACUAUCCAAAACAUUUACAACGCAGUCAUUCAACUAUGUCGUGGACGUUUGUCCACCCAUUGCAGACAGAGAAUUGGCCCAAAACUGUUCAAGGGAAUAUAACAUGAUAGAGAAAAUGAAAACACCUCCAGUAGUUGAUCCUGAAACUCAGAUUUCCUAUAAGAACAGAUUCUGUGCAGCAUGUUAUGGUAUACAUCGAACUGAAAAUUGGAACCUUGAGUUUAAUUGUUUAAAACAUCAAGAUUUUAACUAUUUAUCAUCGUAUGAAGAAAUUCUGAGAGCAGCAAGGGAAGCAAAAUGUAAUAUUUUGCAUGUUUCUCAAUCAUCAUUUAAUUGUGGCAUUCAAAACAACAUCGUAGCGAAAUGCAACGUUUCUGGUACUUGGAAAAACUAUGACAGUGACAUCGAAAAAGCAUGUCAUAGUGACUUUAUUCUAGAAUAUCAGAUGUAUAAAAACAUUUUUUGUGCUAUGUGUAACCCGCCUGUCCCUUCCUCAAAAGUCCUGAAGAAAAAAUGCUUAUACAAUUCACAGAGUAAUUUAAACAGAGCUUGUUUUAGUCAGCCAGAGACAAUGCUUUCCUAUCCAUACAGAAAUGUGUUUUGUAAACAUUACAUCGAUCAAACAGGUUCUAGAGGAAGUCGUAUACUUACACAAUAUACCUCUCGAUACUUGAGAAACGUCUCCAAUCCAUUUGAAUAUAACAUUAUCGUUAGAUUGAGAUUUGAAACUAUUCUUGAAAAUAUAGAGAACGAAAGGAAAGUAGAAGUCGUCAGAUUCCGUCCAUCACUAUCUGAUCGACUUCAGAUUAAUAUAACUAAUCUGAUGCAAGUGAGUAUUGCAGCCUUCGGUGAAAAGAGAUGUGAUUCUAAUGCUUUUUCAUCUAUACUUCGACACUCUAAAGAAUCUUGUUCCUGUCAUAUUGGGUGUACAACAAAUUGCUGUGAUGAUCUUGCAUUCCGACAGCCACUUUCGUGUAUCAACGAUGCCUUUCCUCCACAGACAACUGAAAAUAGUGGUUAUUAUGUAAUAAAUGAGUGUCCUAAGACAGAUCAAGCACUCUAUUCACUUUGUACAACCACUAACAUAGAAGAUGACAUUUCCCUUCAAUUGCCUGUCACACAUUCGGCUUUUACAAAGUAUGUUAACUAUCGCAAUGUUUAUUGCAUGAUUGGCAAUUUAAACACUUCAACAGUAAGUCAAUAUGAAUUGCAGAAUAAGAUAAGAUACAACACUGAAUCGUGGAUCGUAAGGAUUGUUUGCUCUGUACCCGUAACGCUUGAUUGGUCAAACGUGAAUUCCUUCAUUCAGUACACGAAAGACAUAAACUGCAAGCAUUCCCUUUACCCACACAGCGAGUCAAUUGUAUGCGAAGAUAAAACUGUGGAUGUUGAAAACUGUAAUGAGACUGGGACUUGGCAGUCUUUUGAUUCGGAUGUUUUGAAAGCUUGUCAGGACUUGGAGAAAUUUCGUUUACCUAUUCUGUAUGAUAAAGCGCUCAAUACAUCGUAUAGCAACAAGUUUUGCAAGAUUUGCAACCCUUAUUACGUACCCUUAAAUAAAACAUCGAUUGCAGAGUGUGACAGCCAUUGGACGCCGGACUCAAAUAUUACUGAUAUAUGCCAUUCAUUGCCAGAUGUGCACGUUUGUUCUCAGUAUAAGAAUAUCGCUUGUGAAAUUUGCAAUGGUGAUUUAGGAUGUGAGUUUGAAUACAGCAAAGUGAAAAAAAUUGAACAUGAAUAUGUGUUCCCUGACAGUAAUUCAUAUAGAUCAAUGUUUGCGUUAUCUUCUUUUGACUCGACCCAAAUAAUAUCAAAGGAAUGUUCUCAGAUUGAAGUGCCCUUACAGGGCACAUGCAGGAGAAUAGAAUGCUUUCCAGGAAAAAUAUACUAUCAGAAUGCUUGUGUUCCUCUCUUAAACAGUGCAUCUAAUCUCAGAUAUGGAAUGUAUGUCGGAAUGGAUGUUACUUUGAAACAACCACUAUUUAACAGAGAUGUUUUGAAUUUAAUAGAAAUGUGGACACAUACUAAAAUUGCUAAUAUCCUUCGAAUAGAUCAGUGGCAAAUUCAGUUCGAGAAUAGCACUUUUUUAAAUUGGAAGUCUUGCAAUACAAAAGCUACUUUUUUUUCAAUAUCUAGCAGAGUAACAUUCUACUUGCAUUCAACCCUGGGUAAUAGGCUAGAUGUUGAAGUUGGCCUAACAAAGUUCACAAAAUCAGUUUACCAAACAACACUUUCUGAUUUUUAUGCGGUUAUUCAGACGUAUCAAGGUCCAAAGCUCGAGCCUGUAAUUGAAAACCAUGAUGAUGUUGGUGCUUGUAGGCGCUUUUCAGCAGUGUACAAUACUACAAGUAUGCAUUUUAAAUUGGCAUUGAUAAAUAACCUUCUCGUUUGCAAAUUGGUCACGCUUACGCACGACGAAUUUGUGGUAGAGUCCAUGGACAGAAUACGGUUGGUGCCAUCAAAUCGGUUGCUUUCUUUUCAGCAUUUCCGUGUAUCUGAUGAUGGUAAUUACCAGACGUGCAUUGAAAAUAUAAAAUCUGAUUUUGUUGAGGAAAAUUCAUAUAUCCAAAACCCAUUGCCUGCUGUAACUGGUAUAUGUACUAUAAUAUCUAUUGUCUGUCUUUUCUUAACAUUUGGAACUUACUGUCUGUUUGAGAGCUUACGAACCGUACCUGGUGUUAACAGCAUGUAUUUGAUGGCGACUUUAUUCUUUUUACAACUUCUCGUCUUGACCCGAAAUUACUAUAUCAUCGCACCAACAGUACCAAGAAUUUUGCUGUUUGCGUUGACACAUUACAUGGUGCUAUGUGUAUUCUUUUGGCUAAUGACAUGUUCAUAUCACAUGUUUUGUGUCUUUGUUAAACAAUCUAUUAGUGUUUCUAUGACAGACAGACGGCGUACUCUAUCAAACUAUUGCAUUUACUCUUUCGGUAUGCCACUUCUUAUUAUUGUGGGCAACGUCUGUUUUUUCCUCAUUGCCUCCUCUGGACAGGAGUUUGGUUAUGGAAGACAAAAUACUUUGACCGAUGAUAAAACGGCGUACAUUGUAACUUUUAUUACUCCGUUGUCGGUUAUUUGUCUGACAAAUUCAUUUUAUUUCAUUACAACUGCAUAUAAAAUCAAAUCUACACCAAAGGUCAAAGGUUUGGACCAAAGCAGACUUCAUUUUGUAGUUUGUCUCAAGCUCUUUUUUCUAACAGGUCUGACGUGGGGUUUUCAAAUUAUCGAUUCGUUCCUUGAGUUAUCAGUUCUAUCUUACAUCGUCGCUGUAUCGAAUGGGUUACAGGGAUUCUUUUUGUUCAUGAGCUACGUUUGUAAUACAAGAGUGUGGAGAAUGUACAAGGAACUUUGGGAGUCCUCCAUGAAAUGGUUUCCAACGGGUUCCUCACAUCUAUCGUGAUGCAGACAUUUGUUAAUAUUGUGGUUUUAAAUUGUUGUUGAAACACCAAAAAAGUAUCAAUUACACUAUACUUCAAAAAUAGUAGUUCUCUUCUAUUCUUCAUCAUUCUAAUUUUACUAGCCUUUAAGACGAAUGAGGGAAUGUUGUUAGCGUUAUCUUUUCUUCGUUAUUGAUUUUUCAUGUUAGAACUUUGCAAGUUGUUUGGGUAAAAAUUGUCUACGAUGCCCGCCAUUUGUUCAUGCAGUUGAACACCGCUUUCCGUUUUUGUUGUCAAGUUUAGCCUACCACAGAGUAAGUAAUGAUUAAAUGAUAACUUGUUUAUUAUUCUUAAUAAUAAUUGAAUUUCAUAUUGUAUUGUUGUCGUCUGCAACAAAUUCAAACAUUGCUUGGUUUAUUUUGAACGACUUUCUUUGAAUUAUUUGCUUAACUUAAUAUUGAUAAUUUUAUAAAUGUUAUUCUAGAUGAUUUCUGAUAAUUUUGAGCUAAUAUUUAUGGUGAACUAUAUUUCUAAGUGUUAUGCUGCUGCAUGUUUAUUUCUGUAAUUGUCAUAAGCUUUAGGUAUUGUGUUAGUUUUGCUAACUAUAUUAAGUAUCAUAUAAUAUCAGUAUGUAAAUUUAUUUUGUAUGAAAUUUAAUGUGUUUCUCACUGUAUCCUUUAUUUAUAUAUCAGUCGCUUACAUGUACCACACAAGCAUAAUAUACACUGUACAUUAUUACACAAGUCUCAAUGAGUUGUUGUUGAUGUAUAUUGGAGGAAAUACAUUCUGUACCGGACCAGGGCGUCAUCACGUGACAGAACAGUAUUGUAGAAGACCGGUUUUAGAGUUUCCAAAUUUACUUAAAUUUUUUUUUUAUUUAUAAGAUAUUUAUAUACCUGCAUGAUGAAUUAAAAAUCGUUUAAAACAAAAACACCAACUUUUCACUUUGUGUCUCUGAAGUAUAUUCACAAAUAUAAAUGUACAAAUACAUUGAUAGAAUGCGUCAAAUUUGAAUAAAUUGUUUGUU